CUCUUGAUAGCACUUAAAAUGAGUGAGUGGGACAGCUGGGUUGCCUUUAUCCAAGGACACGCCGUAAAUGAAUACUUGACUAAUGCACCUGCAGAGAGCCCUGCAAAUUGGCACAUCCACAUUGGAGGACAUGAUGGUUCAAUGUAUGCCAAGUCUGAAGGAUUCGAUGCAGCUUUCGACGCAGGUGAGAUGAUGAAACUUAGCAACGCUGCCAACGGCGAUCAGACCGACAUAUUCUCUGCUCCCCCUGCAGGCUACACUAUCUUGAGGGUUGUGCCUGCCAGCAGCGACUUUAAUGUUCUUACAGGAAAGAAGAAGGGAGAAGGUGGUAAACUCCUUUACUGCGCACGAUGCACAACAACAUUUGUUGUUGCUUUGAUCGAUGUAACUAACUGCUCGAGGGGAGCCGAAAGCAAAGCUAUGGAUGCGUUUUCCGUUGGAAUAACUGAAGGUAUUAACGCAGGCAUCUAGAGCUGCUGUUACUAUGGUUACUGUUACUAUGGUUACAAGCUCGGAGAGUACUAGGUAUCAAUGCAGAAUUUGGUGUUUAAAAGGUUCCAACUUCCGAAGACACUUUUUGUAGUCAGCCUAAAAUCGUAAAAAACCCUUUUUGUUUGGUAUAUAUUUUCAAAUCAUUUAUAGUAAGUCUCAUUCCAAGUUGCUCCAUUUAUUGGUCACAUUCUUACCGUUCGCCCCUGGCUAUUGUUUUAUUAUGUGUGCUUAUAUCAUUUCUUCACUAUGUGCUGAUUAGAUCUAAAAGAUUUUUACGAGCUCUUUCCUGAUUGUUAUGUCUAAAAAUACUUUUGUAAUAAUUUUAGUGAUUUUCAACGAUCGAACAACGGUUUUUAACCGUCACUUAUGCUGGUGACCCCGGGACUUCAUGAAAUGUGAUAUCCAAGGGUCGUCGCCGUUAUUCGUGUUCCAUCUCCCGAUCUCGGUAUGAAUUUGUUAUUGAUUUCGUUAAGAAUAUUAUGAAUAUUAUGUUUUUGACGUGGUCUCAAAAAUAGCCUUCGUUGGUUUUUGUUGUUGCAAAUAUUAUUGAAUUUAUAAUGGUACUAUACACGUAAUUUCAUAAGUGGCAAUUAUAAUUCUUUUUCAAAUGGUUUUUAUCUUAAUUUGCACUUUUGGAAGAAAUACCUAGAAUAUACGCACUGUUCCUUAAAAUGUUUAAAUAAAAA